UCAGAACUUAACAACAUUCUGUUCGUCGUUUCUCUCUCUCUCUCUCUCGGUGUUUUUUUCCGUUAUGGACGAACAGUUUGCUGCAACGUUUUGUGUAUCUUGCUGUGAGAUAACGGAAAAAAAACAAUUUUUUUGUAACGUUCCUCUCUUGUUUCCUGAGUCACAAGUUUCCUUAAUUUUCCAUGUGUGUUUUCUUUUUUUUUUCUCUAAAAAAUCACAUAUAAGAAAUACUACUACUGCUUUGUCUCCAAAGUCUUUGUUUCCUCUGCCUCAUAGUCUAUAAAGUUACAUCCAUUUAGGUUUAAAAGUAUCUUCUUCCUAUUCAUUCAGAUAUCUUUGAAGAGACCUUUCUUUGUUUUCCAUCUGACAAACCUGAGAUUCCGGGGUUUGGUGCUUUGGAAUCAUUCAGGAUAACGUUUGUUCUUGAUGAAGAUAGGAGAGACAGACACAAAGAUUGCUAAUCGGCCUGAGUAUUAUGGGAUGCAUUUGCUCAAAAGGAACAGCAGCAGAAGAAGAAGAACUGAAUGUUCAAAAUGAGAAACCUCAAGAAAAUUGGAACGAAACGUCAUCAGUUCAACUGAUUGCACCUACUACAUUAAACAAAGAUGACUUUUCACAAAAAUCUGGAAGCUCUGGUGGACGCAACAAAGCUGAGGGGUUAGCGCACAAACCCUCCGGGAGAUCCAGCGGAUUGAUUGUUCCUGUAGACGAUAGUGAUGGUAAAACAGUAAUUGUAGAGAGACCCACAAGGUCUCACCGGAGAUGUUCAACUGCAGAUGUUGGGACAGGAGGAGGAGGAGGAUUCCAAACGCUUCAGCCGGGUACUGUCAACACAAGUGUUCCACAUAGCCCUGAGGCCGAGCUCAUUGCUGCUGGAUGGCCUUCUUGGUUAACCUCUGUUGCAGGCGAAGCCAUCAAAGGUUGGGUUCCUCGCCAUGCAGAGUCCUUUGAGAAGCUGGAAAAAAUUGGACAAGGGACUUAUAGUACAGUGUACAGAGCUCGUGAUCUUGAGACGGGCAAAAUGGUAGCCAUGAAGAAGGUUAGAUUCGUGAAUAUGGAUCCUGAGAGCGUGAGAUUCAUGGCCAGGGAAAUCAACAUUUUGCGCAAACUCGACCAUCCAAAUGUUAUGAAGCUCGAGUGUCUUGUGACCUCAAAACUCUCUGGUAGCUUGUACCUUGUGUUUGAGUACAUGGAGCAUGAUCUUUCGGGUCUCGCGCUUAGACCCGGUGUCAAAUUCACAGAAUCCCAGAUCAAAUGUUACAUGAAACAGCUGCUUAGCGGGCUUGAACACUGCCACAGCCGUGGAAUCCUACACCGAGACAUUAAGGGUUCAAAUCUCUUGGUGAACAAUGAUGGUGUCCUCAAGAUUGGAGAUUUCGGUCUCGCCACUUUGUAUCAUCCCACCGAUCAAGAUCAGCCCUUGACAAGCCGUGUAGUAACCUUGUGGUACAGGGCCCCUGAGCUCCUACUUGGAGCUACACAGUAUGGAGCUGGCAUAGAUCUGUGGAGUGUUGGUUGCAUUCUAACCGAACUCUUCUUAGGGAAACCAAUCAUGCCGGGUAGAACAGAGGUGGAGCAAAUGCAUAAGAUCUUCAAGUUGUGUGGUUCACCAUCCGAUGAAUACUGGCGAAAGACAAAGCUACCACUUGCGACAAGUUUCAAACCGCAACAACCUUAUAAGCGUGUCCUCCAAGAGACGUUCAAGAGUUUGCCAUCUUCUGCUCUAGCUCUUGUUGACAAGCUUCUAUCUUUAGAACCAGAGACGCGAGGCUCAACUUCAUCAACACUAAACAGCAAAUUCUUCACAACGGAACCACUCCCUUGUGAUGUAUCAAGUUUGCCCAAGUAUCCUCCGAGCAAAGAACUUGACGCAAAGAUCAGGGAUGAAGAAGCAAGAAGGAAACGGGCUGACACUGUGAAGGGACGUGGAGCUGAAUCGGUGAAAAGGGUUUCGAGAGACUCCAAGAGUACAGUCACAACGCCAGAGUUCAUUACUUCAGGACAACCAAAAAAUACAAACACAGGGUCGAGAGGAGAGACAGGAAGAUGCGACAGAGAUAAGGGCCUUUCUCAUACCAGUUCAAUGAUUCAUCCAACAAGAUGGAGUAAAAACGAGAGCUCUAGGCAUAAUGUAGUAGAGCUGAAGGCUACCCGAUCCAGCAACGUGGCGACGACAGGGAUGUACUUGUCUCCUUCACAUAAAGACGAUGCAGCCGUAGUUCCCACAACGACAUACGUACGCAAAAAGAACAGAAUGCACUAUUCAGGUCCACUGAUGCCUCCAGGUGGAAACAUGGAGGACGUUCUGAAAGAGCAUGAGAGGCAAAUCCAAGAGGCUGUAAGGAAAUCUCGGCUUGAGAAAUCUGCAACAAAGGAAAACCACAGAACAUGUGCAUAAUUUAAAGACAUGAACAAAAAACCCUGUUAAAGAAUUAAAAAAAAAAUCACCUGAAGUUGAAGAAGGAAGAUUGACAAUGAAUAUCGGCUCUGCUAGUCCGUUUUCGCUGCAAAAGGGACACUUCUUUUAGAUAUUUUAGCAGCCAUUGCCACAGCUAUGCUUGUGCUAGCUAGUAAGAUCUGUAAUUAUGUGGUUAUUAAUGUAC